GUUAUUACAUUGCUCUGAUAAGCCACUACUUAUUAACCAAGAGAAGACACACAAAGUAAAAUCUCUGGUCUUCACAAGAGGCUCUGUGAUCAGCUACAACAAUGAAGAUAAUACUGGGGAUCUUAUGGAUGUCCAUGCUGGUCCAGUCUAAAAGCCUGAUGUUCCAGCCUCUAGACUGUGCAGAUAUCUAUAACGACAGUUCUUUUACCAGUGGAGUGUAUCUGAUCUAUCCUGCCGGCCCCAACUCUGGCCACUAUGUAUACUGUGACAUGGAGACUGAUGGAGGAAAAUGGACAGUGUUCCAGAGAAGAAUGGAUGGUACAGUGAACUUCUACAGAGGAUGGGAUCACUACAAGAACGGGUUCGGGCAUGCAGCUGGAGAAUACUGGCUGGGACUUGAAACGAUCCAUCUUCUUACCCUGAAGAAGAACUACGAGCUGAGGGUGGAUAUGGAGGACUUUGAAGGAACAAAGGUCUACGCUAAUUACACAUCCUUUGGUAUCUCUCUAAUGGCUGUCAAUGCAGAGAUGGAUGGCUACACACUUCAUGUAGAUGGUUUUCAAGAUGGAGGUGCAGGGGAUUCAUUAUCUUACCACAGUGGAUCAAAGUUCUCCACCUUUGACAAAGAUCAGGAUUCAUAUGAAGGGAACUGUGCUGUUUCUUAUUAUGGAGCAUACUGGUACAACUCUUGCUACUCGUCCAACCCAAAUGGCCUCUACACAUGGGGGGCAGAUUCUCAACUCGGACUGAACUGGAGGGCUUGGAAAAGUUUCGUCUCUGUGAAGAGUUUCUCCAUGAUGAUCAGACCAGUAAAUCUGACCUGAUCUUCAAGACGUGACAACACACCUGCUGUUGUAAAGGAGUUUGUCCUGUUGUUCCAGAAUGACAUGCUUUGAGUUCUUGAACUAGAGAAUCCUUUUGAAUGUGAUUUCUUGAUUCAUUUAAGCUUGUACCAUUGCAAACGCAUGGCAUCCUAAAGCAAUUCAAACUCUCUGAGACAUGUUUAGCUUACAGAAGGAUGCAAUAAAAGUUUGGACCCUUGCCAUUCAUGGGAUUAUAAAGAAAAAAUAAAUAAAUAAAAGAAAAUAUAAACAUAAGAAAAAAGUACAUAUGGACAAAUACAUAUGCACACAUACCUUUAUACAGUUGUACAGUGUACAGUUAUAUGCAAAGUGUGAAUAGCUCUGGUCAAAUUACACAUUUUGUUGAUUUUAUUAAUGUAAUAUUUAUUAACAUAUAUAUAUGUAACACAAACUCACACUCACACACAGGCUGAGAUUGUUGAGGUUGUGUACUGUGUUUAAGCAGGUGGUAGAGGGCAGUGAGGAGGUUUCUCUUACCUUUUUUCCUUCUGUGUUGUCUGCACUGACGUAAGAGAGCUUCCGUCGCACAUAGAACAGCAUGUCAUCCUGUCGUGGAGCCCAUUUCUCCAUAAAGUAUGUAGAGAACAUCCACGUCCAGAACACAAUCCUGUCAUCCUUAAAGCAUCCUGGAAAAAAUAAAAUCUGUGGUAAAAACACCAGUCACUGCUUUGAACAGGUGCAGAAGAAAGAAAUCCUAAUAUUGUAUUCUGCUUGUUUGUUUUUCAAUACCACAGGCAAGAACCCAACAUUACCAUUACACUGUGUUUAAUAGUUUUAAAUAAAACUAUAAAACUA